AUGGCAGCCAAAUCCGCCGCUCUUCUCGUGCUUCUCCAAAGUGGGCUGUCUCUCGCAGAGGCACCACUCAAGCCACGUAACUGGGGUGAGGGCUGGAAUCACGGAGCACAAAAUGACUGGUGGUCCCAAAACGGCUGGGGCCAGCAUGACUGGCCAGCUUCCCAGGCCAGCGGCGCGGGUUCGGUGCAGCCUUCGGUGCAGCCCUCUGUACAGCCAUCUGUGGCACCAGCCCCGGCUCCAGCACCAUCACCAUCGGCAACCAUCCCACCGGAGGUCUCGUCGAUGAUUCAGUCAUACAUCGCACAGGCCGUUGCAACUCAAUGCGGCUGCCCUGGUGCGGCUCCUCCAGUCACGACUUCAGCUCCUGAAUGCCCAGCUGGUUCGGGAGGAAGCGCCCAGACCGUCACUGUGACAAUCACGAAGACUGUUGGAGGCGGCUCUGGCAGCGGAUCUGGCGGCAGCGGAUCUGGCGGCAGCCCAGGCAGUUCUGGCAGCCCGGGAAGUCCAGGCGGUUCAGGCAGCCCUGGCAGUCCAGGCAGUCCAGGCGCCUCAGGCCUCCCAGGCGCAUCAGGCCUCCCAGGCAGUGGAGGCAGCGGAGGCAGCGGAGGCAAUGGAGGGAAUGGUGGAAACGGAGGAAACGGAGGAAAUGGGGGUAAUGGCGGAAAUGGAGGCAACGGGGGCAAUGGAGGACCAGGCGGAUCAGGCGGACCAGGGUCUCUGCCCCUGUCUAUGACUUACCCGACUGGCCCUGGAGGUUCAUCCUUCCCCAACUCGGUGCCCACGACUACCCCCGGCCAGACCACUUCUCCCACAGGCGGCAACACAUCGCCAACAGGCGGUUCGAGCUUCCCCAAUACAACGCCAACUACAACGCCAACGACGACGACGCCAACAACAACACCGACGACGACUCCCACUACUACUACUACUACAACGACAUCUUCUACUACGACUCCUACCACAACCACCAGCAGCACCAGCACCACCAGCAGCACCUCUACCUCCACAUCGACGACGACUACAGACACGAGUACCUCAAGCACCUCGACGACAAGUACUUCAUCGACCUCAGCUGGACCUACCGCCACCAACUUUCCAACUAUCCAGGCUGACCUCGCCACGAUCCAAGGCGACACUGACAACCUCACCACUACCGUGAAUAACUACCAAACCACCGAUGACCUCAACGGCCUGCUGGACGCGAGCAACAAGUUGAACGCAGAUCUGCAACAGGCGACCACAGACGCCCAGAACUCCGGCGGCGAACUGACCGCGGACCAGGCGAACUCGCUCGUCGACCCGGUCACCGCGCUGGCCGACGCGACCGAUGAGUCCAUCGACGCUACCAUCAACAAGAAGCCCGUCUUCGACUCCCAAGGUCUCAGCCCUGCCAUCCCGAUCACGCUCCAGCAGAUCCAGACGAACUCCCAAGCCUUCUCUACCGCUCUGAUCAACAUCGUCCCUGAUGCGCAGAAGGCUCAGGCCCAGGCCCUGGCUGACCGCAUCAAUGCCUCGAUCCAGCGCGGUAUUGAUGCUUACAGCACCACCACCAAGCGUCGCCGAGCGAGGUUGUAG